GGCUUUUUACGAGCGCUCCAGUAGUGACAGCUCAAAGCUGUCCACGUCAACACUAAACACCACCAUGGACUCCGGGACUCUGGAACCUUCACUGUACACUGUCAAGGCCGUCUUUAUCUUGGAUAAUGAUGGAAACCGACUUCUUUCAAAGUACUAUGACACAGAGCUGUAUCCCUCAAUGAAGGAGCAGAAAAAUUUUGAGAAGAACGUCUUCAACAAAACCCAUAAGGCGGACAAUGAAAUAGCCUUCCUGGAGGGCAUGACUAUAGUGUACAAGAGCAGCAUAGACCUAUUCUUCUAUGUGGUGGGCAGUGCACAGGAGAAUGAGCUGAUGUUGAUGGCGGUGUUGAACUGUCUGUUUGAGUCUCUCAAUCAGAUCUUGAGGAAAAAUGUGGAGAAAAGAUCUCUGCUGGCUAAUCUGGAUGGAGCCUUUCUGGUGGUGGAUGAGAUCAUUGAUGGAGGGGUGAUCCUGGAGAGCGAUCCGCAGCAGGUAGUCGAGAAGGUUAACUACAGGACUGAUGACAACACUCUAUCAGAACACAGUGUGGCACAGCAUAUCACUGAGAAACUGGCUAUCACCACUAAUGUGUUACAGACUGCAAAGGAACAGAUCAAGUGGUCAAUACUAAAAUAAUUUUCACACUGAGCAGAUUUAUAUUGUAGCCAGCUUUAUUUUUAUGAAAUCUAUUACAGCUAAUUAAUUAUGAUACUGGUUGGAAUUUCAGUUGUUUUAUUAUUAAGCCAUUCAGACUUGAAUGCUUUAUUAAACAGGUUAUACUGUGCAUAUAACUAUAAGGGUAAUCCUCCAUACUUAGUUUGAUAGUUUGAUUGCCGUUAUUGAAUAAGUUCCUUGUAUUUACUAAUAUGGAGAUAAGUUUAAACUUUAUUUGCACUGACAAUUUUCAGCGUUUUUACAAGAUGCUAGAAAAAAAGGAGUAAUCAAAACUUAUGUUUCUGAUUCAAAGUUGUAUUUAUUAUUUGAAGGGUAAAUAUGCGACACCAAUUGUAGCAAAAGGCAUUCGGCGUAUUUGUUAAUUUAAACUUGUAGCAGCAAAACCAUACUGAUGCGCUACAAAUAUCAUCGUAUUAAUUGGUUGUCUGAUAACAUCUGAUUUAUAAUUUCGAUUUGAGCCACUUCAAAUCGUAGCUUUGUUACUUUGCUUUGUUCUGUAAAUGUUGUUACAUUAAGCCUUUUAUCAGGUCUUUUACUGUUAUAAUACUAUUUUACCAAAACAAAUUAAGAAGCCAAAGAAUAAGCGUAAAAAUAAACUUGUAUGUUACUGAGGAAAUAUAAGAACUUUUUAUUCAUGCCCUGUUUGAACUAUAAGUUGUUUCUAACGAAAAAUUUUAAAUAGACAGCAUAUUGGGUGUAAAAGAGUUAUCCUAAAUUUUGUUAUGACUUGAGUAAUCCUUAGUUGUUUUUAUUUUGGUAUACAUGAGGUAAUGAGCGAUGUUGUAUUUAAGUAACAUUUAACUUUAUCUCGAUAUAGUGUCUUGAUGUUAAUAAAUCUUAUUUUGUUAAGUCA